AUGAGAGGCUGCGGCAGAAAGGUUUCUUUAGGCUAUCAGAUGAACGAAGCGAACUGCGCUUUAGACCAGUGCACAUUUGUUACUACCUACAUGCAUAACAUGAACUCAGUUACAAAGAAAGUGAUAUUGCAGCUUGCACAAUUGAACUAUUCCAGAUUUUCCCUGCUACUUCCACGGAUUGUGCAUUAG